ACCACCAAUCACAUUCGAUAGACAAUGAUUUUUUGACGCUUUAUCACCGUUUCUGGUUAAAAGCCAAUGGAAAUCCAUUAAAGGUUUUAGUUCUGCGAUAGCAGUUUCUGGUCGAAAAAUUGGUUUGUGUCGCUCAUUUGCAUUUGAAACCGCACUUAAAUCAGCUACAAUGUCGUCAACCGAUAAAAUAGAAGUCUCGCUUCUCCAAAGGAUUUUAUGGAUUUGCAACAUGUUUUACUACCAAAUAUUGGCCAUAGUCAGCAUACUGUUCCUAUGGAUUUUCUUCGAUCAGGCCAAUUCCUUUGGAAGCACUUUCACUCUUCAUUUGGUGUUGUCCACUGCAGCAUACAUCCCAUUGAUGGCCGCAGCAAUUAUCUUAUUCUCGGAAGACAACAUGAUCACCCUGUACAUCCCAAGAACGAAGCGAUAUUGGAUUCACGGCGGUCUUUUGCUCCUUAGUUGCAUAUUCGUUACAAUUGGAAUUGCUGUUGAAACAGACUCCAAAACUAAACACGGAAGAGACCAUUUCGUCAGCAAACAUGCCAUUCUUGGCUUAGUUUCUUGGAUAUUGGUGUUCGCUUCAAUUAUAUGCGGAGUGGUCGCAGCCAACACCAGGACGUUUUCGAGAUUUAUCAGGCCAGUGUUUGCCAAGUUGGUGCACAAUUUCUUGGGAUUGGCCGGCUUUUCAAUCGGAGUGGCUUCAUUGUGGGAAAUGUUGGGCCAUAUCGAGCGAUAUCUUUCAGACAGCGCUUUCAUCGGCCUUAAGUAUGGUUUAGCAUUUGUAACCAUCUGGAGUGGCUUGGCGGCCAUCAAGUCUUUGUUCGGACAAGUUAAAGGAGUGUUUUCGUAAAUAAACUGCCAUUCUUAAACGCAAUGGUUAUGGAAUGGAGCCAUUGGAAAGAAGAUCUGCUUAAACUGUCUGGUACAUUGUUAUUACUUCCCAUAUAUUACAAUUUAAAUGUGCUUUUCAACUCUGUUUUUAAUUAAAAAAAAACCGGCUUCCUAUG